AUGGGUAAUCUAAAUUUGAUACCAUGGCUUCUGCUAACAGCCGUUGCUGCUGACCCAUAUGAGGAACCUCACACACUGGAUAAUCGACAAGUGAUGGUGCACUUGUUCGAGUGGAAAUGGAAGGAUAUCGCUGCAGAAUGUGAAAACUUCUUACAGUACUUCGGAUAUGGAGCUGUACAGGUCUCUCCACCUAUGGAGCACAUAACAUUGAUUCAAAAUAAUGAUAUGCCGUGGUGGGUCAGAUACCAGCCAAUCAGUUACAAACUGAUCUCACGUAGUGGUAACGAGGAAGAAUUUAAAGAUAUGGUUGAGCGGUGUAACAAAGUUGGAGUGAGAAUCGUUGUUGAUGCUGUCAUCAAUCACAUGUCCGGAGUUGCACAGAAAAAAGGAGUCGCUACCAGAGACAGCAGUGGCGGUUCAUUCUUUGAUGCAACGGAAGGCGUAGAAAGCUUCCCAGAGGAUCACUUCCCUCCCCAAGCUCCUCUUGAAGAGUCGGCUGUUUUGUGGCUCUUUUAUGUACCUCAGAAGAAGAACAGGAGAGAGUAA